GCAGCGGGGGCCCCACACAGCCAGUGAGAGUGGAGGCCAGGCUGGGCCAGGCCCGCUGGGCAUGCCAUUUCGGGAACAUGUGUACUACCCACUGGAUGCAGCCAUGGCCGCCCCGGCCCCAGCGGUGCCGACUUUCGGGUUUCGGGCACGGCAGGGCAGCCCAGACUGGCGGCGCCUAAGUGCGGUGGACGUGGAGCGGGUGGAGCGUGAGCGGGAUGUGGCACUGCUGCAGGAGCACCUGGCGCACAUCACCUUCUGCAGCGCGGAGCGGGAGCACUGCCCACACUGCCGUGGCCCCGCUGACCCGCUGCUGCUCAAGCUGCUGCGGCUGGUGCAGCUCCCCACAGAGUACCUGCUGCACUGCCAGGAUGGUCUGGCCGCUCAACUCCACACCCUCGAACAAGCGCUGGAGGCAGCCCGGGCUGAGCGUGACCAGCUGGGUGAGGAGGCGGCACGGCAUGGGCAGGAGGUGCAGCGACUGCAGGAGGAGUGCCGGCGGCGCAAAAGGAUGAUCAGUGCCCUGCAGAGGAUGCUGGAGGCUGGAGCCAGCUGCCACCAGUGUCGAUUUUGUGAGAAGGCUUUUAUGAACUAUUCUUUUCUACAAAGUCAUAUGCAGCGGCGCCAUCCAGAGGAAUCUCACACCGAGCAAAAGAAGAAAGCACAGACAGAUAAAUUACAGGAUGAGAUCAAUAAGUUGAAGGAGCAGUUACAGCUCACCAAGUCUGAGCUAGAGGCCGAGCAACAUGCUAAUAUGGUCAGAUUUUCUAAGGAAUGCGAACAACAAAAAUCAAAAGAAGAAGAAAUACUGCAAGCAUUUUAUAAAUGGAAAGAGGAAGAAAAAGAAAAAUUGGCUAAUGAAAUAGAAAAAGUGAAAGAGAUGUUUAUGCAAGAAUUCAAAGAACUAGCUUCAAGAAAUACAAGCUUAGAACAUCAGCUCUUAGAGUUACAGCAGUCCAAUAUGCAGCUGAAAUCCAAUCUAGGCACUUUAAAAGACAGCCAAGAAUUUACAGAAGAUAAAUCUCAGAGUACUCAGGAUUAUCAAAAUAUGAUGCGACUUCUUGAAAAACAGGAGAGUAAAUGGACUUCUAGAGUACAAACCCUUCAUCAGGAGCAUGAAAGAGAAAAGGGCCAGCUUUUGUUGCAGCUUGAGAAGCUUAAAUCAUCAAUGACAGAGGAUCUGAAUAAAAGUAAUACCUUUUAUAAGAAGAGGAUAGAGGAGCUAGGGCAGAGACUUCAGGAACAGAAUGAGCUAAUUCUUACUCAGAAAAAGCAGAUAAGGGAAUUAUCCACUAAAUCAGUAGCAAAUAUCAAACCAUAUGAUGUGAGCAGUCUGGCACAUCAAGUAGCAGAACCUAAAUCAAGUCUACCAGGUAUGCAUGAAAUAGAGAAAGGCGAUCACAAAAUAGGCAGAAGUAACCAGCAUUUAAUAAGCGCUUUGAAAACGCAUCCUUCAUUAACUAAAGAAUUACGAGCUGUUUUGGAGCAGGCCCUGGAGGAAAAGUUGGAAUCCUUGGGAAUUAAAAUGGGUGUUCGUGGUAUCCCAAGUGACCAUUUAAAUAGAAUUUUACUUGCUAUUGAAUCUGCUAGAGAAGAGAAAGAGAAACGGAUGCCUGACAUGCAACUAAUCCGGGAAAGCCUUGAACGUCAGAUCAGCUUCAGAAUUGAAGAGAGAUCAUCAUCAUCUUGUAGUAGACUUGUUUCCAUCCCCCAUCGUUCUUCAGAAGAUAAACAGAUGUUGAUUCAAUUAGGAACUACCUUAUCAACAUCGUUAGAAAAACCUGUAAAAUGGACUUCUAAAACUGUACGCCCAGCUGGACAAAAAAUGUCUGUUGCUGAAAACACAUCUACACCAAAACCCAGGAAGCAUGUUUUUAGAGAUGGAGUUUCCAGAAGAACAUCUAGCAUUGCAACACCUCCAUUCAGUUCAGAGGAUGAAGUGGAUGAUGAUGAUAUUAAGCAGUCUUACAUAUCACCAGAACUUUUACAGAUAAAACCGUCCAGCAGCAGUGUAUCUAACUAUGGCAUGACCACAGACAAAAGUGCUAUAGACUGGAUAGAAGACAGUGAAAAGGAGGAGGAGGAGAUUAAAAUGCCUUUAAAACCCUCCAAAGGUGCAAUUAUCCAAAAACUGACUGAACAAGUUGAAAAGACUCUUUCUAACCAUGGAAAUAAAAAUAAACCACCUGGAGGGCUUAAUGUUGCAGAAGCAUUUGUUAAAAAAGAUGACAUACAAGAACUGAAGUUCACAGAAGUUGAUGAUGAUGAUGAUGACUGGGAUAUAUCCUCUGUUGAAGAAGAAAGUUUAUUGGCAAAAGAUGAAAGAGGUCAGAAGGGAACUGCAAUUCAAAAAAAUUAUGGACCCAGUACUAUAUCAAUGGUUCAGGCCUGGGGUGCUCCUAAGGCGAAUAUGACAAAGGAGGAAGAGAAGGUGAGUCAAACACCUGGCCUGGAGGCCAGAUACAGCCCACAGAGACAUUGUAUCCUGCCUGCUGGACUACUGGAAAUUGAAGGCAUUGCCUGCUGCAGAAUUCCAGGUCCCUGGACCCUACUGGACAUGGCCAUUGGCAGCAGCAGGGUGAAUGAGGGCUGCGCUGACAUAGCCCGUGCUUGUCCUGUGGCAGUUGGGCCCUACCACCAGACCUUGGACCCCUGGACCCUUGCUGCUGGACUUGGCAGUGUUGCAGCCACUGACCCUGUGGAUCUGGCCACAGGUAAGUGUGACAGCCCUGGUCUGGAGCAUCCAAUUCCUUUACAAAUUUACUUCAGUAUGUAUUUUAUCCAAUUUACAACCUAAUUUGUUUGAAAAAUUAAUGGGCGUAAA